CAAAUUAAUGCACAUCAUGCAACAACGCUCCGAAGGGGCGAGCGAAAACCCAGCUUGGAUAAUUCGUGCUCCAUCACGGACCACCAGCCCCUUUCCGUCAAUUUCCGAGAGGAGGCAUUGUGGCACCGAUUUGUAAUGAGUUAGUGAAAUAGUCAUGGCGACGGCGAUGACCGGGCUUCUCGCCUCGUCUUCGCUCGCCUCGUCUUCGCUCGCCUCUGAAUGCAGGUUCUUGAGGCAUUCCUUGGUUAUGUCCUGCCAACACAAGCUGCAGCAACAGCCGAGAAAUUUUGGUUUGAAGGAAAAUUGUGCUCAGUCGCUCAGGGGAGGUAUUCGCAUGUCACCGCAGCAGGGGCGCGGGUCUGUUGGUCACUCUGAGAGUAAGCUAUUACUAGAUGUCUUCUUUCUGGGAAAAGCACUCGUAGAAACUGCUACCGACCGCAUCGGCAGUUUUGUGGGCGAGCUUCUGAGCGAAGUUGGACAACGGCAGGCUGAGCAUCAAAGCCACAUCCUAGAGUUUCAGAACGAGGUGCAAGCGAGGGCCAAGACUGCAGAAGCAAGAGCAGUACAGAAAGCCUUGGCACAAGAGAAUUUUAUGGUCACAAGUGAGGAUGCUAUUGCAGUCUCUACGGUCACUAAUGACGACGAGGCCAAUGGAAGCCCAAAUGCUGAAAGUACAAGCAGCGCUAGUGAAGGUGCCAUAAUGUGAUCUUCAUCCUCCUCUAAACCCUCCAUCCUUGCAGUAGAGCUUUGUGGCUCAUCGCAGAUAUGCGGCAUUUUGUUGCAGACAUAUUUGAAUUAGCUUGUAAGCCACACCUGCAUGCUGUGAAUUUAUGGAAGAAGAAACUACUUGCACGAAAAUCAGCACGACUUGAUGUGUAUUUGAAGCUUCUUUGUAUGCAAGAACAAACUAAACAAGACCAAAUUAUAGUAUUCGGUUUAGUUCAAUUU